AUGCCAGAAGUACCAAGAAUUCAGAAAGAAUUUCCAAAAGUCAUUAGAAGAACUUCUAAAAAACACCAAAAAAUACCAGAAGUACUAAGAAUCCAGAAAGAAACACCAAAAAAAGUACCAAGAAUCUCUAAAAGUCAUCAUAAGAACCUCCAAAAAAUGUCCAAAAAUGCUGAAGUACUAAGAAUCCAGAAAAAACCACCAAAAAAUCAUCAGAAGAACCUCCAAAAGUCACCAAAAAAUGCCGAAAGUACUAUGAAUCCAGAAAGAAAUACCAAAAGGUCAUCAGAGAAACUACCAAAAGCUGCCAAAAAAAUGCCGGAAAAUCCAGAAAGAAAUACCAAAAAGUUAGCAGAAGAACUUCCAGAAGCUGCCAAAUAA